AAAUAACAAUCAUCAUCCUCUCCCCUCAACGGAUAAAGAGAGAGAAUAGCGUCUUCACUCUCUCUCACACACACAGAGAGAGAAAAUGGCAGCAUCAGUUUCGUGCUCAUGGCUAACCCUUCCCUCCCAAAUGAGAAACCUUUCCCUAACUUCCUCUUCUUCUUCUUCUCCUUCCAUCUCCAAUUCCGCUUCUCUCAGUUUCUCCCGAAACCUCUCUCUCCCUCUCUUCUCACAAGGUAACUGCUUGUCGCUGAGCGCAGUGCAGAGACGCGCUUCUGUUGUUUGCGAGGCUGCGCCGAAGAAGAAGGUGGACUCGGCGGUGAAGAGAGCUCGUCAAGCCGAGAAACGCCGCGUUUACAACAAAGCUCGCAAAUCGGAGAUUAAGACGCGCACCAAGAAGGUUUUGGAAGCUCUGGAAGUGCUCAAGAAGAAAACAGAUGCGCAAGCAGAGGAAAUCCUCCCAAUUGAGAAGUUGAUUGGAGAGGCAUACUCAGUAAUUGACAAAGCUGUGAGAGUUGGCACACUGCACCGGAACACCGGAGCAAAUCGCAAGGCUCGCCUUGCCCGAAGAAAGAAGGCAGUGGAGAUCCAUCAUGGCUGGUAUAGCCCAGUUCCUGAAGUAAGUGUUUGAAACAAUCCUCUUGCUGGUUUACAUGGAGUAAAAUGAGGUAUGCCAGUGAAGACUCUGCAGAUUUUUUUCACUCUGUUAAAGCAUUGUAUUUAGUCUUCUUUGGUGUUGGUUCAAAUUGGUUUACAGUUCCAUACUUCAUGUGUACCAUCAUCAUGUAGAGCCAUUGAUUUUAACAGCAUCUUCGUGAUUAGCCUUUAUUGUACUUUUUCCAUGUUGUAUAAUGUAAUGUCUCCUUAAACUUAAUGAUACUUCCACUGUGGUGAAAACUUAAUUGUUAUUGUAAAAACCUUCUCAUGAUAGCAGGUGAAUGUGAUUGUCACCA